GCAGCUCCAGAUGGACCCGGAGUGGAGGCCUCUUCCUCAGGAAGAGAACCUGAACUCCGGAGCCUUUCGCUUCCUUGUGCUGUGCAUAAUCCUGCUUAUCGUACUCGAAAUACUGCUUGAGCUGUGGCGAAAGAAGAGUCAUGUGGCACCGAAAACUCGGAAACGGAAACGAAGGAAUCAACAAUUGGCAGUUGCGUUUCUGGGAUCCACUGGAGAAUUGAGGAGCCUGAUUUGGGGAGUCCUUGACAGGUUCCUGCGUCUUCUUUGCCUGCUCCGCCGUUUCUCGACGCUAGACUCCCAAAACCAACAGGCCUGCCCAGAGGAGCGAGUCCCAGAGCAACAACCCAGAAAUUGCAAGAGAAAGGAACUUGAGAGCCAGUCACAGCUCCGGCUCCUCGGAGGAGUGCAAGCCAAACCAGGACCGAGAUUCGGCUGCUGCACGGGGGUCCUACCCCUUUCCCUAGCUUGGCAUUACCUCCCGUCUCCGGGCCCUUCCUGGAACGAGAGCUCCCAAGGUUCACAGCCGCUCAGCUCCGAGGCCCUCCAGAACCCAGAAUGCCACGUCGAGACCCAAGUUUCUUCAAUCCCGGACUCGCCGCCAUCCCAAGCUUUUCUGGCCAGUGAACUCCCACCGUCCCAGGUCGUGCAAUCUUCAGGCGCAAGCCAGCUGCUGCAAAUUGAGCCAGCCCCAAGUUUGGAAUUCAACUCGAGUCUCUCGCAAAUGCCACCCCAGGCUGCCGAACCCCAGCAGGAGAUCGCACCAAUCCCCCUGGAACCUUGCCCUCGGCAAGAUCAGCUUCCUCCUCUCCAGCCCCUUCCACUCCCCUGUGAUCCCUUGGCCAGCCCCAGGGGACAGGAGGGGCUCCCACACCAGAGCCAGGGGGCCGGUCGGCAGCAUGGGGCUUACGGCUGUUGCGCCUGCGGGGCAGAGCCCUGGGAGAUCGGGGAUCUCCGGGAGCUUGGGGAUCCCACCACCCUGAUAGCGAGCCUGGUGGAGUCGCUCGGCCACCGGCGUAUCUCCCGUGACCUAAAACUACUGUUGCUGCAGCAGCUGUGGAGUGGCCGCCAGGAAGCGGCGCCCAUCUUGGCUUACCCAGUGUGUCUAACCUGUUUCCAGUUCCAGGGCCCCACUAGUCACCUGGCCAGCCGCCAGCCGGGAGCCUGGCUCUUGGCCUUUCCCCAGCUGCAGCCCUGGCCCCCGGGCCAGAGCUUAAGCUCCGAGACGGUUCGCUUCAAACUUUGCAUCGGCUUCGGCCUGCGCCUGCGGAGGAAGCGCGUCCAGGGGCAUCCGACCCCCGGGAGGGGAGAAACAGGAGUCGAGGAGCCUGGCUCAGAGUCCCCGGACAGUGGCUCUGAUAUUUCCACUACAACCCAGAGUCCUCGUGACAGCUCCAGUGAACCGUGCUGGUCUACUACAGACUCGGAUUAGCUGUGUUCCCUCCGCCCAAGAUGGAGGCAGUAGAAGGGGGUAAAGGACUGAAACUCCAUCAUGCGAACUUCAAUAAAGCUGGAAGCUGUGCA